CUAAUCACCUGCUUUCUCUCUCCCCUCACCGCCAUGUCUGAGAAGAAGCACCACCACUUUCACCACCACAAGGAGGAAAAUCCCACAAAAGAAAUGACGAAGAAAGAGUACGAGAAACAAGUGAAACAUCACGAGCACUUAGAGCACCUCGGCAAGGCAGGUGCUGUAGCCGCUGGUACUUUUGCUCUGCAUGAGAAACGUAUGGCAAAGAAAGACCCAAAGCAUGCUCAGAGCCACAGAAUCAAAGAGGAGAUUGCAGCAACAAUUGCAGUGGGCAGUGUUGGAUUUGCUAUCCAUGAACGCCAUCAGAAGAAAGAAGCUAAAAAACAAAAAGAAUCAGCUUACGGGAAGAAACACCAUCUGUUCUGAAACUCAUUU